UUCUUCACAAAUUGCCAUUCAGUUUCUCCAUUGACAUGUGAGCAUUUCAGAUUGGUUAAAACUUUUAUGAUGUCACAAAUUGCAAAUAAACCAAAUGAAUCCAUAAUAAGAGUGCCGUUUGAGACGCCACGAUUGGCCGAGAUCGCCUACAAAGUCGUCAGUGUCGACCAGGAGCCGCGCCGGAAUUUCGUGAAAAAAACGUUGAGCCUGGAGAACGAUGUCCUGGUUGUGUACUUCCAGGCGGAUCAAGUGAAGAGCCUGCGCACUGCCAUCACCUCCUUCUUCGAGUGCCUGCUUCUGUUACAGGACACCAUCAAACAGUUUGGAGACUCCAAGGAAGAUAAACUAAUCCCAGAGAGCAACGACGAUGCCGGAACACACUCCGGCUCCGACUCCGCAUAGGGCGGUCUAUGGUUU